UGUGGGAGAAGUCACUUCCCAGCUGUGCCUUGACUAUUCUUGGUCUUUAACAUCUCCCCCGAUGACUUCCUCUCUCUCGGCUUGGAUUUGGAGUGAGUGGUUUUGGCUUCCAGAAAAUGUCACAUGGGCGGACCUUGAGCAUCCACCACCUGGCGUGGAGUAUCCCCGAGUGGGCCACAUACUGUGCGCCCUGCCGCUGGCCCUCUGUGUGCUUAUAUUGCGACUAAUUUUUGAGAGGCUGGUGGCCAAGCCCUGUGCCCGCAUACUUCAGAUUCAGGCAGGAGUGAGUCGGCAAGCUCAGCCCAAUGCUGUCCUGGAGAGGGUCUAUAAGUCCAUGACGUGUCCAGACUCAAGGCAAUUGGAGGGGCUGUCCAAGCAGCUGGACUGGGAUGUACGAAAAAUACAGAGAUGGUUUCGUCUCCGGCGGAACCAAGACAGGCCCAGUACGCUGACAAAGUUCUGUGAGAGCAUGUGGAGAUUUACGUUUUACCUGGGGAUAUUUAUCUACGCAAUUCGCCAUUUGUGGGUGUCACCAUGGAUGUGGGAUACCAGACAGUGCUGGUACAACUACCCUUUUCAGCCCCUGAGUCCUGGCCAGUACAACUACUAUGUAGCUGAGCUGGCUUUCUAUUGGUCCCUGAUGUUUUCCCAGUUCACAGACAACAAACGGAAGGAUUUCAUCAUAAUGCUUGUCCACCACCUGGCCACCAUAACCCUCAUCACCUUCUCCUAUGCAAACAACAUGCUACGAGCAGGGACUUUGGUCAUGUGUGUACAUGAUGCAUCAGACAUCUUCCUUGAGGCUGCCAAGAUGGCCAACUACGCCAAGUACCAGAGGCUCUGCGAUGGCCUGUUUGUGGUGUUCAGCAUAAUCUUUUUCCUCACUCGACUUGUCAUCUAUCCAUUCUGGAUUGUUUACAGUGUUCUGUUUGAGAGUUGGGAGAUCGUGGGGCCGUACCAAUCCUGGUGGCUCCUUAACGGGUUGCUGUUGGUCCUGCAGGCUCUUCACGUUAUCUGGUUCUACCUCAUCACUCGGAUUGCUGUCAAGGCCAUAUUCAGGGGAAAGGUGUCAAAGGAUGAACGCAGUGAUGUCGAGAGCAGCUCAGACGAAGACAGUAAUUCCAGUUGCAAUAAAACUCCCAAUCAUGCCGCAAAACCAAAAGACAGUCACAACGGUAGCCUUAACAUUAAUGGAGAAACGUAUGACCACUGAACACUAAGGGCCAACAGUGAACCAAAUAAGCUUGUAAUAUGGCUUGUCAUCACCUCCUGUGUGUCUGUCAAGCCCACCUUGUCUCUAUGAACCUCUGAAAACAUGUCAACUCUUCUCUUGCUUUUAUAAU